AUGCAGAACAUUCAACUUCUGGGAACUCUCCUCAUGUCAGUGGGGCAACAAUACGGGGUCAUUCUGGAGUCCAUUGACAAAGAGGCCGAGGUAUCAAAGGAGAAAAAUGAACUGAAACGUCUCCAGUUCAGCGAAGUCGGUGUUGGGUAUUCUACAGAGGCUACAAGUUACAACCUAGAAUUGAGACCUGCGGAAUGGGCGGAUCUGGCUACAAAGGCAGUCAAGGCUGAGGUUUACGGAAACGGGAGAGAAGAAGAGUGUUUAUGGGGUGUCUUGAACUAUCUCGAAAAGCGGCAGGCUCAUUGGCAUGCUGUGCCGCAACAUCAAGAUUGCCCCCAUCAAACCCACCAGGCGGAAGAGGAGCCAUUUUGCAUAAAGAUACUUCACAAGGCGAAAGAGUCAAUAGAGACUCUCAAGUGGAAGUGUCGUGAACUCUAUGGUCCGGAUAAGCCUGAUGUUGGUCCAAUUUCCCUUCUCUGA